UGACAUGACAAAAAAAACAAAGCUUUGAAAAUAUUAUUUGAAAAAAAAAAUGGAAAAUAUUUCCCAUGUCCAAAUUUGGCCUAAAUCACUUUUUUCCCUUUCUUGGACAUAUAAACAAAGUUUUGAUUAUUUUUUUUUAUAACUAAAAUAUCCAUGUCCAAAUUUGGUCAAAAUUAUCUUCUCCCCCCUCCCCCUCUGUUUUUUUGACCUUUAUUAUCCUCCUUCAAACUACCCCCAAAAAAUAAAAUAAAACCCUCUUUUAACCAAAUUCUUUACCUAUAAAUAAAAAUUCUCCCUAUAAAUAUUAUUAUUCCGCAGCCCCUAAAAACUUAGGUUAACAAAAAAAACAAUUCGCCGGUUUUUUUUGGUUCAUCAAUGGCGAGUCGAUUAACCGGAGUAGUUUCCCGGUUCAGUAACCAAAAGGGUUACGGUUUUAUUAAACCGGAUGUUGAUGGAACCUCCGAGGAUGUUUUUGUUCAUCAAUCUGAGAUUAAAUCUUUCGGUUUUCGUACGUUGUCUGAAGGUCAGAAAGUUGAGUUUAUUGUUACUGGUAAUGGUGGUGGUAAGUAUCAGGCUGUUGAUGUUACGGGGCUUGGUGGGGCCCCGUUAGAUAGCCACCAUCGUGGUGAUAGUAAUUCUGGUUAUGGUAAUCGUGGUAGUGUUGAGUGUUAUAAAUGUGGUAGAGUGGGACAUAUGGCAAGGGAUUGUGAUAAUGGAGGCGCUGGGGCGUGUUAUACGAGUGGGGUGACGGGACAUGUAGCUAAGGAUUGUGAUCGUAUUGGUGCUGUUGUUGUUAGUGGUGGUGUUGGUGGAGGGUCAGGUAGAGCGUGUUAUAAUUGUGGAAUCACUGGGCAUAUAGCGAAAGAUUGUGAUCGUAGUGGUGGUGGAGGGGGAGCGUGUUAUACGUGUGGGGUGACGGGGCAUAUAGCUAAGGAUUGUGAUCGUAAUGGUGCUGUUGCAAGUAGUGGUGGUGGAGUGUGUUAUACGUGUGGAAUGAUGGGGCAUAUAGCUAAGGAUUGUGAUCGAAGUGGUGGUGUUGCAAGUGGUGGGGGUGCGUGUUAUAGUUGUGGAAUGACGGGACAUAUAGCGAGGGACUGUGAUCGUAAUAAUGGUGUAAGUGGGGGUGGAGGGAGUGGUGGAGCGUGUUAUAAUUGUGGUGGUUUAGGGCACAUGGCCCGAGAGUGUACUAGUGAGAGACGUGGAGGAGGAGGCAGUAGUGGUGGUGGUGGUCGUGGGGCUUGUUAUAAUUGUGGAUUGCCGGGGCACAUGGCAAGGGAAUGCUCGCGUCAGAGUGGUGGUGACAGGUUUGGGAGAUCGAGUGGUGUUGGUGGAAGCAAGUGUUUCAAAUGUGGAGAAAUGGGCCAUUUUGCGAGGGAAUGCACUACCCCAGCUGUGAAGUGAGAAAAUCUUUAUAGAGGAAGAAUUGUCAUGUACAUGAUUUCUCUCUUUUUCGCUCUAGUUUUUACUAUUUAGGAGUACUUUAUAUGGAUAAUUCACAUACAUGCUUUGGUAGUUUUUUUUAGGAUAACGCUGAUUAGUUGUUGGGAUUUGCUACCAAUUGUUUUUGUGAUGGAAAGUUUUGAUUUUUGGUUGGUUAUACAAAUAUAUAGAAAGUUUGGCAAUUGCACUUUGGA